GGUCGGCCUCCCCCAGUGCCAGCCCAGCCCCUCACAUGCCUCUCACGAAGACGGGGCCAACAGAUGACCCAGAGGUGUUCCUCGAUCUUUUUGAGAAGACGGCCGAGGCAUGUGGGUGGUCGACAGACAGCUGGCCGGUCCGGGUCAUCCCGUUGCUGUCGGGGGAGGCCCAGAAGGCUGCCCAACAACUGCCCGUCCCGAACCUCCUGGUGUAUGCCGAUUUAAAAAGAGCCAUUCUCCAGAGGGUCGGCCUCAGCCCCGAGCAACACCGUCAGCGCUUCCGGUCGCUGGAACUGACCGAAGCGGGCCGACCCUUUGUCUUGGCACAGCAGCUCCGGGACUCGUGCCGCAAAUGGCUGUUGGCCGGAGAAAGCGACGCCGAGACCAUCAUCAGCAAGGUGGUACUGGAGCAGUUCAUCUCCCGUCUCCCAAAGAGGACCGCCCAGUGGGUCCAGUGCCACCUCCCGGCGUCGCUGGAUCUGGCCAUUCAACUGGCGGAGGAUCAGCUGGCGGCGUGCUCCGGGGUCGGCGAGGCCCUUCCAUCUAUCUCUCUCUCUCUCUCUUCCCCUGUCUCUCUCUCCUCCCCUGCCCCAAAACCUGUCCCUCUCCCUAGGUCCCGAUGGGCUGGGCCACCAAGGGCCGCCCCCCGCUGGAGGACGGGGAUGGACCCAGCAGCUGGGGCACGAGGCCCGACCUGGGGAAUGGGAUCACCGCGCCGGGAGGGGUCCGAGGAGCCUCCUGCUGCUUCCCCACGCCAAUCGCCUGACCCACUUCCUGCCACUAGGGCGGCGGGGAGGCCCGACGACCCGCAGGCUGCCCCCGAUCAAGCCGGGUUGUACCAAAUACCCUGAUUGGCAUGGGGAACCGGUAUUUAAGCCGGCUGAGGACCGGCGAGAAGAGAGAGAGGGCUGGGGACUUGUGGGAGUGAGAAGCUGUGGAGCUACGAAACCCAAAGAUAGGAAGACUACAAUAGUGCGAAGUAGAAAAAAACUGUGAACUGCAUGCGCAUGUGGCGCGAUUGUUUAUUUGUUUUUAUUGUUUUGUGUUAAAUAAAGUACCCCACGAGCCUCAGCACGCCGACCCCGGUCUCCUUCCUCUUUACUUGAACGAACUUUGUUACACUA